AUGCCAAAUGACUCAGGCCGGCCUGAGUCCCCUAGGGAGGAAGGUGUGUCUGGGAGAAACCUGGGGUCAGCCUCCUCUCAGAGGUCUCUCCUCUGUGCUCUGUUCCAGGCACAGAGUCAGGCUGGAGGGGAAUCGGGGCAGCCACUGGACCAAAGGAGUGGAGAAGGUGAAUCAGUCCUGGCCUCGGUCUAUGUACAGCUGGCCUUGUCCAACCAGACCUGGCCACUGGCAAUCUCCAGGACCCUGACUCGCCCCCUUGCCUCGGCUUCCUCUUUCCCAAGAACUCUCACUGGCCUCAGCCUCACGACAGAGUGUAACGUCCACGCGGAUGGGCAAAGCUAUUGUGCGUGCCUGUCUGGGUACCAGUGGAACACCAGCGUCUGCUCCCAUCACCGCCCCUGCCAGACCACCCACAACCACAGGCCCUGCGGCUGUCUGGUCUUUGGCUCUACUGAAGCCGGGUACUGCCAGUUGCUGCCACCUGUCCCCGGAAGGCUGAGCCCGAACUCCUGGGUGCGGACGCCGGGCACCACUCUGAACCUGACCCUCAUCAAGAGCCCUGAGACCACAAACCUUAACUGGUUCCUGCGGCCCGCGGGCAGCCCCACCCCCAUCCUCCUGCAGCCAGGGACACAUGUGUCCCUGGCCUCUAGCCCGGGCCAGGCUGUCCUCAGCAUCUUCAACGUCUCCCAUAGAUGGGCAGGUGAGUACCUGUGCUGCUUUGAGGCUCAGGGAUUCAGGUGGGAGCUGUCCCAGGUGGUGGAGGUGCCGCUGCAGGCAACAGAUGUGGCUCGGCUUCCAGACCAGCUCUCCAUUUCCUGUGCCACCUGCCCUGGCUUCCAGCUGACCUGCUGCAUCCCUAGCACACACCUGGCCUACACAGCUUCCUGGAGUCCCGGAGAGGGCAGCAAAGCCUCCUCGGCCAGCGCGCCCGGCUCCCAGUGCUUUGUGCUGGCCGUCCAGAGCUGCCCUGUGGUGGACACCACAUACACUUGUGAGCUGCAGAGCCCAGGGAUGGCCCCUCUCAGGGUCCCCAUCUCUGUCACUGUCAUCCAGGAUGGAGACACCACCUGCCCAGGGGACUCCUCAGCUAUUGCCUGGAAUGUCACCAAGGCUGGCCACGUGGCACAGGCCCCGUGCCCGGCGAACAGGACGGGUGUGGUGAAGCGGACUUGUGGGCCGGAUGGCAUUUGGGAGCCCGUUUAUAGCAGCUGCACAGACGCAGAGCUCCUGGCCUUGCAUCGCAGAGCCCGGCUGCUAUGGGCAGGCCAGGGCCAGCCUACUGUGGAGGUGCCCCAGAUCCUGGCACGGCUGUCAGAGCAGGUGACAGCAGUGAGCUCUCCCUCUGACUUGUUGGCAUUGUUGGGCACCAUAUCAUUCCUGGCUCGGGUGGUGGUGGAUGCUAGAAUACAGCUUACCCGCAGGGCCCUGCAGGGUCUCCUGAAAACCACAGACAAGGUCCUCGACAUGGACACUGACUCUCUGUGGGCCCCAGCCCAGGCCCAGAAGCCCUCGGUGGGCUCAGCUCUCCUGCUGGCUGUGGAGACCCUGGCGUGCCACCUGUGCCCACAGGGUCAGCCCUUCUCCUUCAGCUCGCGGAACGUGCAGCUGCAGACCCAGUUCCUUGGACCUGCGUUUCCUGCUGACUACAGAGCCUCCUUCUCCACUCAGCCCCCCUUGCAGGCACGCAUUCCCAGGCGCUCACUGGCCCCGCUGCGCCAUAAUGGAACUAACGUCAGUGUUACUAGCCUGCUGCUGCGGAAACUGGACCGUCUUCUGCCCCCAAACUAUGGCCAAGGCCUGGGGGACUCUCUCUAUGCCACUCCUGGGCUGGUCCUCUCCAUUUCCGUCAUGGCAGGUGGCCAGGCCUUCAACCAGGGAGAAGUCAUCAUGGACUUCGGGAACACAGCUAGCACUCCCCACUGUGUCUUCUGGGACCACAGUCUCUUCCAGGGCAAGGGGGGCUGGUCAGAUGAAGGGUGCCAGGUGCAGACAGCCCACACCAGCCCCACCACUCAGUGCAUCUGCCGGCACCUCACUGCCUUCUCCAUCCUCAUGUCCCAAAAUACUGUUCCAGAAAACCCCACCCUGGAGCUGUUGAGUCAGGUGGGCUUGGGGGCCUCCAUCCUGGCACUGCUCGUGUGCCUGGGCGUGUACAGGCUGGUGUGGAGAGUCGUGGUACAGAACAAAGUUGCCUACUUACGCCAUAUGGCCCUGCUCAACAUGGUGCUCUGCCUUUUGGCUGCAGACAUCUGCUUCCUGGGAGCCCCACUGCUUCCUCCUGGGCCCCAAAGCCCACUCUGCCUGGCUGCUGCCUUCCUCUGUCACUUCCUCUACCUGGCUACCUUCUUCUGGAUGCUGGCUCAGGCCCUGAUGCUGGCCCACCAGCUGCUCUUCGUCUUCCGUCAGCUGUCCAAGUGCCGAGUACUCUCCCUGAUGGUGGUCCUCGGCUAUAUGUGCCCAAUAGGGUUUGCAGGGGCUGCCCUGGGCCUCUACCUACCCCAAGGGCAAUACCUGGGGGAGGGGGCAUGCUGGCUGAAUGGGAAAGGAGGGGCGCUCUACACCUUCGUGGGGCCAGUGCUGGCCAUCGUGGGUGUGAAUGGGCUGGUACUAACCAUGGCCAUGCUGAAGCUCCUGAGACCUUCGCUGUCAGAGGGGCCCCCAGUGGAGAAGCGACAUGCCCUUCUGGGGGUGACCAAAGCCCUGCUCAUUCUCACCCCCAUCUUCGGCCUCACCUGGGGGCUAGGCCUAGCCACUCUUCUGGAGAAAGUCUCCAUAGUUCCUCACUACAUCUUCACGAUUCUCAACACCACCCAGGGUGUCUUCAUCUUGCUGUUUGGCUGCCUCAUGGACAAGAAGAUUCGAGAGGCCUUACUCCAACGCUUCGGCCGCACCCCACCUCCCAAGUCCACCAUCUCCCUGGCUACAUAUGAAACCUACAUCCCAGAACACAGCAAAGGAAGAAGUGAAGAUGCCAGGUGAGAAGCAAGCCCUCCUGAGCAGUACGGAGCGAAGCCGAGGCUAGCAAGCAGCGUCCUGGCUCAGAAGGCUCCUCUUCAUGUCAUCGUCCCGGCCCAAGGAUUGGAAAACAGACUUUCCCAGCAUAGACAUUUCUAGAUGGCCUAGCAUCUUCUACUGCUUUCUCAGAAAGCUGGAGGCACUUUUACCACCACCAACCUUUGAUUCAGUUCACUCUGAACAUUCCUUUUCACACUGUCAAAUAUUGAAUUAUCCUGAAAAACCUUUGCUUCGAAGGACUUGCCGUUGGUGGGUUUGGUAUCCAGAGGGCAGGGCAGCCUUGCAAGGUCUCCUUCACCAGAGCAGAGCUUCAAGGCGAGGCCUUUCAUGGGGGAAGGCAGAAGCUGUGCGUGAACCACACACGGGGCCCAUGUGGCCCCUCUUCCACGGGAGCUGAGAAUGUGCCUGAAUCCACCAGGAUGGACCCCGCCCAGAGCUCUGAGCCCUUCUGCCCUCCCAGAGCUCAGCUGUUGGCAAAGAGAAGCUGGCGUUUCCACUAGUCACAUUCCUUUCUCUUGCAGGUCACUUAUCCCCAUCCCUAAACUAUGCAAGCAAAAAUAGCAUGAAAAACUAGCCAAAGCUACCUAAUAAAAAGCCUUCCUCUGCUGUAAACACAGUCGACAGAUAGUAAAGUUCAAAAUGAUGGCAAGUAAUGAUUUUGCAGGUCUCAACCAGUUGACUAAUCAACAGUUCAUGUUACAGAUAUAUUUGAUAAAAAUUGUUUUCUUUUUAACUAUUCAGUGACUGCCUUUCUGAUUAUUUCUUCCCUACAGCUAGGAAGAAAAAGGAUGGCUUAAUGACAGGAACUCCGAUCUUCCAAACAUUAAAGGUGAAGGACAGAUUUGGGUUCUUUUCAAAGUUUAGGAAAAGGUGAAGCUAAUAGGCCCCUCUUUCUUUAACUUUCACAAUAUCAAUAUAAUGUAAGUUUCGUAGAUGUAUGCAUGUAACACCAAGUCACUGAUCUGAACACCUUCUUAAGAACAUAUUAACAACUUUAAAGUACAGUGGAAAUUACCACAGACCGCCAAGGAUUAAAGCGACAAGUUGACAAACACUGACAUUUAAAAGUGACAGGCUUUGGGGCACCUGGGUGGCUCAGAGGGCUGGGCCUCUGCCUUCAGCUCAGGUCAUGGUCUCAGGGUCCUAGGAUAGAGUCCCAUAUAGGGCUCUCUCUUCAGCAGGAAUCCUGCCUCUCUGCCUACUUGU